GCGAAAAUUCCUCUUUUAAGACCCUCAUCAUUGGAGCUUGGACCGUUGCUUCCUUCCUUGUGAUACAUGAAUCGCCCUCCAACACAAGCACCAUGAAGGCUACAAUUGCUCGUUCUGCGCGUCUUGGGCGCAAGGGCCAUAUAUUCGGUCAAGUUCUCAACGAUUCUCCCUCCGUUCCAGACAAGGAGUUGGCAAAGCAAAUGUCUCGACGCAUUAAAAAGGCCGAGAAGGAUGAGCGUAUGGAUAUAACAAUGGCACUGACGCCCGUGAAAACCUAUAUGGGUGGUUUCACGAGGCCCAAAGAAUUCCGAAUGGGCAACUGGCUUAGCGGUGGACGCUACCUAUCCAACUCGAAGAUGUAUGAGACUCCUCACCAGGCAGCAUACGAGCCCCAUACUGUCUUUCUCCUCGAAUCUCGCUACCCUGUCAAAUACGGAGUCGGCCGCACCGAAUGUGUAGACCAUAUCGUUGCUUUCUGUCGAGCUGCCGAUUUUGAGGCCGUCCUGAAACGCUACAACUCACCUCGAGCGCCUUCCGAAGCUCUAGAGUCGAUGGACAAUGCCCGCUGGCCUUGGACGCCGCAGAAGAAACUCAAGCGUGUUUUGUAUCACCUCAAUGACGAGCUGAAGGACAGCUUCGAGAACAGCGAGGACGAUCUAUUGCAGGAGCCUGUUGUUUCGCCCAACGCAGCUGCUGACCUUGCAACGUCCCCGACACCGCCUCGUCGGGAACGUCCUGAACGUCCAGAGGAUAAACUGAAGCAGACGCAAGCAGUUGUUCAGCGGCAUAGAGAGGCUGAUCUUGGCACAGUCAGCACGGAGAUGAAAUCGAGGCAGGAAAAGGUCCCUUUCGAGGUCGAGCACACCGACGGUACCUUCCAUCAUCCAAGUGGUUUCCAGCCUCCAACGUCUGCGAAUGGCUUUGCUCAGUCUCCUCUUCCUCCCCCCGACGCAGUCGAUAUGCGUCCCGUUCGUCAAGGAUCCAAUAAUCCUGACGCCGCAGUGGAUGCCGAGCAGUGGAAAGCUAUUCGAGAGAUGGAGGGUAAGGGCGGCGCACUCAUGGCAGACUUGACAGCUAGCGCGAUGGCUGGUGGACUCGUCGCACACACGGAACCACGGGACGAGAAAAUACCUACAGAAGUCAGUGGUGUCGUCACACAGGGUUCUUCCCAGCCUCCACAGCACGCAUCUGGAUUCAUACCUCCCACUCCUGCUAUGGCUCGAGGAGAAACGGAGGCUUUGACACACACUGAUGCUGUUGAAAAACACCAAAUUGCCGUCGCUACGCUAAGACGGCAGUACCAGAAGGUGAUCAAAGAGGAGCCCUUCUGGCGUCCACUGCUUGCAUUGACGUUCGCCACGCGCCCGAUGGGGGCGUCUAUUGUGCGUCUAUCAAAGUCCUUGUCGCGUGGAUUGCCCUUCCAUGCUACGCUCGAUAACCAUGACAGAAAGUCGGCUGCGACGUUGGGCAACCGAUUCCGUUGUCUCCGCCUGCAGAGAAUGGAAGAUCUUGCAGUUGAAAUGUCGCAACUCCUUGCUGGUGCAAGGGGUGGAUUGGUUGGGAUACGGUUCAGCCCGGAGGAGAGAGGGCGGGGUCUCAACGGUGAAGGUCUGGAUGCUCCGAUACCUUGGGAAAAGAGGGUUAUUGGUGUUGGUAUCGGUUCGUGGUAUGAGCGCGCUGAGGAGCUGAAAGAAACAUACCGUAUCGAAGGAGAGGAGGAAGUGAAGCAAAAGUACCUUCCCGAGGACAAAAACGACACAUUCUUGGUCUAUGACAUCGACGAGAAGGGCCGAACGGAUAGAAAGGACCUGCCUUGGCAAGUACAAAUCGAUUCCGACGCAUUAAAGAUUCCCGGAGAGCUCCAGGAUGUCCUAGAUGAGAUCGACGAGCUCGAGAACGCUUUGGACGAGGAGCGCGAUCUUAUUGCGGAUCCUAUACAUGUGUUGGUUCCUGCGAGAGAGGAAGUGAGGGAUGCGCAGGGGUAUCUCGUGGAAUCCCAUGAUGUCGCUCCGGUGGUUUUGGUGAAGAGUGCUAGUCGAGAGACGCCGCCGGGAUUCCAUCUCUUGUAUGGUGGUCAGGCGAGAAAGCAUAUGAAGGAUAGGAUCGAGUACCUGAACAAGCUUCAUAAAGGAGAGCUGGCUAGGCAUUUUGCGAGUAGACUGAACCAAGUUGUGUACCCGUAGAGCAGAUCUUAGACCCCCUACUUACUUGAAUAUUCAUUGUAAUAUAACAAUAUUUUAC